AUGAAUUUAAUAAUACUUCCUUGUCAUGGUGUUUGGAAAGGUGGAUCAACCAAAGGUCAGAGACCUGAGGAAUGGCAUUUGGCAUCCUUUCAAGUUGUGGGAAAUGAUCAUCUAAGUUUUGUUGAUCACAUCAGAGUCAGUGUAGAACAAUUAAGAAGUAAUCCCAACAGUCAUUUAAUUAUUUCUGGUGGACAAACGAAAAAGGAAUCAGGACCAGUUCUGGAACUGUUAUCGUAUUAUUACUUACUUCGAGAACUUAUGAGUGCAGAAGAUGAACUGCUAUUGCAUCGUAUAUCGUUAGAAGAAUAUGCACGAGAUCUGUUUGAGAAUGUGUUAUUUCUGCUUUGCAGAUUUUACGAGCUUCAUAAUCAGUACCCUGAUGGGCUAGUGAUCGUGGGGUUUGAAUUUAAGAGAGAUAGAUUUUUGAAACUUCAUUUAGAAAAGGCAUUGGGGUGGGAAUUGAAUAAUGUUACUUAUUUAGGCAACGAGCCCGAUCCCGCGGAGUUAAGCGAUAUCGAAAGAGAAGCAUAUUUUGAAGACUUAAAGGCUAGUGAACUCAAGAAUGGGUAUCUCCCUUUUGGCAGCGAUUGGUAUGGGGUCGGGAGUCUAUUGAAAUCCAAGAAGACGUCACGUGACCCGUUCAAGAGGUACCAUGGGUACGCAGCAUCCAAUGUCAAGUUAAGGCCAUUUCUAGAAGCACUAAGACAAGAGGAGAGCACGAACGAAGAGCUUAAAAGUAUGUUGAGAUGGAAGUGA